AUGGUGUCUAAAACAGAAUUAAUACCUUAUCUAUGUAACUACGAUACCCAUGCAAAACAUUUAGAAUCGGAAACAAUAAAACAAUUAUGGUCGGGGACGUGGUCUAUAGAGAAUUUAGGACUCUGUUUAAAAUUGUUAGAUGGAUUAAAGUCUGGCUCCUUAGACGUAACUAUAACAAAAUAUAUAAAUGAAAAUGGAAAAUCAGAGUCAGUUUUACAAAUAGCGAUAUCUUUAUUUUUACAAUUUUGUAACAUCAAUUGGAAUUCACACCCAGAGAACUUAAAUUUAUCAGAAUAUUUAGGUGUUAACUGGCCGGAGGAUUUGGAUGUGAAUGUGUUAUUGCAGCAGGAUUCUGAACCUAUAUAUGUUAAUUUAGUGUAUCCCGAAUUAUUGUAUUUUUCUGGAAAAAUAUUUUCUGCUCUAUGUUCUAUUGAGCCGUGUUGGUUACAUCUGUGGUGGAAUCUUCGAAUCUUGAUCACACAUCAAAGGGCUCUUGAAGACACGAGCGCCUCUUUGUAUAAUGAAAGUGAACUGAUUAUAGCCAAACUCUGCAAUGAGUCCCAGAGGUUUGAAGAUCGACGUCUUAAAGUACUGCUAUUCAUGGAGAUUGCACAAUUAUAUCUGUUGUAUGCUAGAGUUCAAAAAGUUGAAGAGUAUUUGUUGAAGGCGCGGGAACUCGCUGGAUUAAAACUUGAAUUGACAGGUAUCCUAGGCAAGAGGACAAAGUUCCAACAGGAGUUAAAAGCUCAGUUAGUGUUAACGAGUGAGCUUGAUAACAAUAUUAGUCGUCCGUCAGCGGAACAAAGUCAUGGUGACUCUGAAUUACCUCCAGAUAUAGAGCUGCAGGAUGAUGUGAGGUUGAACAAGAUACAGUAUACUGAGAGUGUGACACAGGCUGAACUACCGAGCCUUGAACAAACUCUUUGUUUAUUAACUGUUCAAUACCUACUUAAAUCCCAGCCAAAGGAUGAAUUGAUGAACGAGGAGCUCCAGCCUUACAUAGAAACGAUCUUAUCACAACCCAAGGGUCCCUGGUCCACUCGAGUCGCUGCACUCCUGAUACGAUGCAAACUUGAAGCCAAUCACAAGAGGACCGUGGAGAGAUCUAUGUUACAGUGUGAGACUAUAGUUAAUGAGAAGACUAACGUGGCCCCUACUACCAGACUAUCUUACCUCUGGGCAGCAGGUCUUCCCUUCGCGUGGUGUUGGAGACAGGAGCUGGGUAACUUGUACCUCAGUAUGGGCAUGGUGAAGGCAGCGCUUGAAGAGUUCCAGCGGCUACAGCUGUGGGAGGACGUUAUAGUCUGCUAUACUAUGCUGCAAUUGAGGCACAAGGCAGCAGAAGUAAUACAACAACAGAUAGAUAUUAAACCCACAGUGAAGUUAUACUGUCUCCUUGGUGAUGCAACAGAUGAUGAAGACUGCUACUCUAAAGCGUGGGAAUUCUCUGAACAUAAGAGCAGUCGCGCUCAGAGACAUUGGGGCAACUUCCUGUUUGAUCACAAGAAGUAUGAAGAAUGCAUUCCUCACUAUGAGAAGUCGGUUGAAAUUAAUUCCAUACAGGAGAGUGUUUGGUUGAGAUUGGGUUAUGCGGCCUUGAUGACAGAGAAAUGGGAAUUAUCAGCGAAGGCGUACAGACGCUAUACAUAUCUGCACCCCAAUACCUUCGAGGCUUGGAAUAAUUUGGCCAAAGUGUAUGUUACGAUGGGAGAUAAAAACAGGGCGUACAGAGCUCUGAUGGAGGCAUUGAGAUUCAAUUAUGAUAACUGGAAGUUAUGGGACAAUGUAAUCAUGGUGAGUAUGGACACCGGGCACUUCGAUGAUGUGUUGCGAGGUGUACACAGGAUGUUGGACAUACAACACAAGUAUGAAGAUGUUGAAGUACUGUCUCUGAUGGUGAAGGCUAUACUACAAGAUGAUAAGGACGCCGAUGGAAACAGUGCGGCCAGAUUACGAAAACGCACCCUGGAAUUGUUCGGAAGAAUCACAUCCAUACAUCAAAAUAAGCCGGAGUUGUGGCAAUUAUAUGCAGACCUGAGUCCUACAAUUCUACUUAAAGCACAACGCCUGCAGAAAGCUUAUAAAGGAUUCACAUUGAACGGUGAUUGGCCUAAUAGUCCAGAUACAUGCAAGAAGGUGUUAAUACUUCUGGAACAGCUGCUGGAAUAUAGCUUAAAAGCAAGACAGGAAGCGGCAGAAAAAGAUUAUUCCCAGGCCAAUCAACAGCUGUCAUCAGCUCGGCUCACAGGUCAAGCUGGUGUACGUGCAGCUGAAAAACAAGACUGGCCAGAUACAAACGAACAACUGGAAAAAGUUAGAACAUUGUUGAACGAUGUUACAGAUUAUAUGAAAUCAAUUAUGUGA